AUGAUUGAUUCAAACAGUUUAGAUCUUUUAGAACCAGUGACUUUCGAUGAUUCAGUUGAAAAAUUCACUUACCUCACAUUUAAACCUUAUAAUAGUGGGGGACUAGGGUACUCAGAUGAGAUCCGAAUUGGUAUCAAUAAUCGUGAUUUUAUAGUGGCUCCUCAUGUAUCAUAUUUAUGUAUAUCAGGACGAGUACAUAGAAACAAUAGUACAACAUUCAUUCAUGCUAUGCCUUGGAAUGGCUUAAUGUACUUAUUUUCCACCAUAACCUUUGAGAUUAAUGGAGUGCCUGUUGACAGAGUUCAUAAUGCUGGUGUAACCACUACAAUCAAAAGUUACUUAUCUAAAACUGUCUCUGAAAGUAAAUAUUACGAUUCAUGUGGUUUUAAUCAUAUGUCAAAUCCAUACACAUCAGCAUACAAAAUAACAAGUUCAGGUUAUUUUCAAAUUUACCUACCUGCUCGUUUUAUACUGGGCAUAUUUGAAGACUAUAGAAAACCAUUUACAAAUUGUGUGCUAGAAUUAAUUCUUUCGAGAGCUAAAGAUGAUAAAAACGUCUUCAUUCAUCCUGGACGUGCAGCAGCAGCAGCAGAUACUGAUAUCACUGCUGUUGAUCCAACAAUAACCCUGUCAGAAGUUUCUUGGAAAGUUCCUGUACUGAAAUUAUCUGACUCAGCUAGAUUGCAAAUGUUACAAACAAUGAAAGACAAUCGUACAAUAUCAAUUCCAUUUAGAACUUGGGAAAUGUUUGAAUAUCCCACCCUCCCAACAAGUACUAAUCAUAGCUGGACCAUCAAAACAUCUCAUUCACUACAUAAACCAAGAUAUGUUAUUGUAGCUUUUCAAACAGAUAGGCGUAAUCUAUACUCAGCAAAUGCAUCCCUAUUUGAUAACAUACAUUUACAAUCUUUCCAACUUUCUUUAAACGAUGAAAAAUAUCCAUAUGAACCACCAAAUUUGGAUGUGACAAAUGUUCAACGUGAUCUGUUAUACCACAUGUUUGCAAAUUUCCAGGUUUCCUAUUAUAAAAAACCUUUUCCAGAGACUUGUUUUUCUGCAAGUGAUUUUCUAGGUGAUACUAGUGCAUAUCCAAUUCCUAUGAUAGUAAUAGAUACCAGUAAACAAAAAGAGCAAGAGACCAAUGUAUCUGGUCCAAUCAAUAUUAGGUUAGACUUUGUCUGUUCUUCUAAUGUACCAGCAAAUACUACAGCAUAUUGUCUUAUUAUUUAUGAUAGAUGGUUUGCUUAUUCCGCAUUUGAUGGAAAUAUAAAACAGAUAUUGUAA